AAUAACGUGAACGAUCUCAUUAACCAGUCUACUUUAAAUCAUUAGUUUCAACAUCAAUCAUUCAUUGAUUCGGAGAGUUCUGGAUCGUGCCUUUUUCUUGGACCGUGUACUAAUUUCAGAGUUGUAGUGUCUGGAUUUUUGUUUUUAUGUUUUAUAUUACUAUUGUGGGAUCUUUCUAAUUCUGUCCUGUCGACGACACGAAUGCGCGCUGCUACGUACGUACGACAAUUUCAAAAUAAAAAAAUAUACCUGAAAUGUAACGAUUAGAACGGACGUUUCUUUAGAUUUGAAGUACGAAGUGUUUGUGAAAAAAUUAAUCACGUGGUUUUUGAAAUUCGCAUCGAUUGGUCGUCGAUGUAUAAACGUAUUUUGCGACACAUGUGCUGACGUUUAUUUGAAUUUAUCGCGCGAUUUUUUAUUUUGGAACAAUAUGGAUCGUUCUAUGUACGGAAAAUUUGUUCCUGGUACUUUACACCCUUAUCAGUGUUCUAUUAAGAGAGGAACACCUCCAGGAUGUGCAAGUCAAAAUCUAAAACUACACAAGAAGAUUCCAAUUUACAUAGUGGAAAAUCACCAUGAUGUUAUCCCUUUCAUAUACAGAAACAUAGGAUCAAAACAUUUACCUUUGGAAGGAUCUAUUUUGAUACAUUUUGAUUCGCAUCCAGAUAUGUUGAUACCAACAAAUAUGCCAGCAGAUGAUGUGUUUGAUAAAGAAAAACUGUACAAGAGUCUCGAUAUAGCAAAUUGGAUCAUGCCGGCAGUUUACGCUGGUCAUUUUGAUCAUGUCAUUUGGAUUAAACCACCAUGGGCUCAUCAAAUAGAAGAUUCUAGUCAGAGCUUCAACAUAGGAAAGGAUAAAGUGGAAGGAACGAUACGUUUAGAUUGCAAGGAAACGUACUUUUUGUCUGAAUGUUUGUAUUCCAAUUUAAGAGAUUUGGAAAAUGUGAAAAUGGUUAAAUUAGAUGUUUUCACGUUAGGAAACACGUUACAAAAUUUAUCAGAUGAUCUUAAUAAACUACGUUCAUCAAUUUCGAAGUCAGAUGCUCGUGUAGUUUUGGACAUAGAUCUGGAUUUCUUCAGUACAGGAAAUCCCUUUAAUAGAAUGUAUGAAAAAGCCGACCUUUACAAUCAACUUAAAGACAUUUAUUUCUACAAACCACCGGAAGAAAAAAAAGAUAACAUUAUAUCUGAAGUUGUUAAUAAAAGAAAAAUGCAGAUAUCACAACUUUACAAUAUAUUUAAAUAUUUAAAUGAUAAUAGACGUAUGCCAGAAGAAGAUCAGUUGUCUGAAUUGUGGAAGAAGGUAGAUUCCAUGAGAAAUAUUAUGCUGUCACACUACGGAGAUGAUGAAAUAGACUGGCUGUUAAUUCAUGAUGCAGGUUGUACAUGCGACGAAUCUGGUUUACCCGAUCAUAUUUCUACCAUAGAAGAGCUUCAAGUUUUGUUUAGCUGUUUCAAAAAUUUCUUAGAUGUAUUGCCUAAAAAUCCUACAGUAAUUACGAUAUCCAGAUCAACUGAAGACGAUUACACGCCAUUUGAAAAUGUGGAGUUGAUACAAAAUAAAGUACUCGAACUGUUAAAUGAAACAUUUCAGUGUGAUGAACCUGUUCUAGAUUACCUAUCAACAAUUAGUAAUUGAGUCUGAUAUAAAUAUCGAUUUAUUAUCUAAAGUCUGCAUAUGCCACUUUUACGCUCGUUUGCAAAAUCGGACUGUCUGAUCGAUUUACGUCUUUGUUUACCUACAAUCAAUUAUUUUAAAACUUAUUUCUAGUUUUACUAGAUUAUAAAUUUAAAAGUAGGAUUUCUGUGUUAAUGUAUAAACAAUGUAUUCAAAAUUUCACUAUUAUAAAAAUUUACAAACAAAUCCAUAAAAAAUGUCAUUGAAAUUGUUAUUAGUAGCUAAAAGUAGCGUUUUCCUAGAUAAAAAUUGAAGAAUACUCCAAUAAAAGAAAAUAUUAAAUGUAAAAUAGAAAACUCGGAGCUAGAAGAAAAAUAGAGAAAACAAUAUAUAAAUUUUCGUCUAAUCUUUAUACUUAGAAUCGUCAGGCGCUUUAUCACAACCACUAUCGUCAUCAGUAACAUUGAUAAUGACUAAUUUAAUGUCUAAUCUCCUUCAAGAGUAAUACAAUCGUUCCAAUGCGACUCUAACUUCUCGAUGCCGUGCUUGUAGACGGAUUUGUCUUUUGUCUCAAAAAUGGCUUCAGCAUUAGCAAUUGAUCUUUAAAAUGAGCUAAAUUCCUUACCGGCGAGCAUUUUGUUGAGAUCAGCGAAUAGCCAGUAGUGACUGGGGGGUCAGAUCUGGACUAUGCGGUGGAUGAGAAAGCAAUUCGAAGUGUAAAUCGUUCAAUUUAACCAUAGUUGCCAUCGAAUCGGUGCAUUGUCUUGGUGAAACAGUGGUUUUUUCUUCGACAUAUGAUUUUGGAUUUUUGCAUUCAAACGAUCCAACAACUCUAUGUAGAAUUAGCUAUUGUCUAUCUGUUCUUUUGGAGAUAGUCGAUGAACAAUAUUCCAUGCGCAUCCCAAAAUACUGAAGUCAUAACCUUUCCAGUAGUCUGUUGUGCCUUUGGACGCUUCGGACGUGGUUCACCGGCUGCAGUCCACUCAGUUGAUGAUUGUUUUAAUUCCGGAGUUAAGGGAUGGAUCCAUGUUUCAUCCAUUGUCACAUAUUGGUGCGAAAAAUCUGGUUUAUUAUGUGUAAACAUGGCCAAACAAUGUUCUGAGUCAUCAACACGUUGUUGUUUUUGAUCCACCGUGAGUAAACGCGGCACCCACUUUGAAAAAAGCUUUUUCAUUGUCAAAUGUUCCUGAUAUCUGAAAUUACGAUUAAAUAUAAACAUUUUGUGGAUUUUGAUGUUUUCUGGAGUAACCACCCCAAUUGGACGACCAGAACGUUCUCCAUCAUCGGUGUCUGCACGACCACAUUUAAACCAAUAACAAAAAGUUCUUUUCGAUGGAGCGGAGUCCGGAUAACACUAUUUAAGCAAUUACUGAGCUUGUACAGUAUUUUUUUUCAUCAAGAAGCAAUGAUAAAUUAACAUACGAAAUUGUUCUGAAGUAACUUCACUUAAAAGCUGUCACUUUUUUCUGACUAAUCGAAAUGUUAUGACAUUUUACACAUAAUCGUAUUUAUGGUAGCGCCAACUAUGUGUCAGUCACACCACUUAUUGAUGUAAUAUAUUCACCAAAAAUCUCUAUUGGACAAUGUAUUAUUUUUUUAAAAUGAGAUGGAGCAAGCUGCUGCGAUGGGCACUACGCGAGAAUGUUACAAACAUUCUUUAUAUCUAAUCUUCGCGAACAUGGGCUAUAUGAUGAAACCUUAUUUCAACAAGCUUGAGGCCAAACAGCCAUGUGAGCAUUUUAAUUAUGUUAUAAUUUAAUGAAUAAUGUUUGUUAAAUAGUAUGAAUGAAAUUUUGAAGAUGCAUUCAUGGCUUAUUUACAAUUGUUUCGAAAAUGUAGCUUUGACUACCGCAUCUUGUAUAAAAUGGAAUAAAAACAUUUAUCAGGGUAUCUAGGAGCCUUGAAUACAAGUAUAAAAACGGAAAUUUCACAGAGCCAGGAAAAACCGGGGAUUCGACGGAAAUUUUCUAAUAAACCAGAAAUUUUCUAUAAUUUUGAGUGAGCUCACCAGGCAUAGCAAGUUGGUGUUGAAAUAGCUCUAAUACAUUCCGACUUAUCUCGAAAAUCGCAUCAUCCAGUCGAAUCUUCCUCGUAACUGACCUCUCGGGUUCACGUAUCUAUUGUUGCCUAACUUGAGACCAUCUUACAAUUUGUUUAAAGACAGUCCAUCCAGACGAGGAAUGUUCUUAUCCAUUACUGAGCUCCCUCCGAAAUUUUUUUCAGUA